AUGGCUGAUACUAAUUCUACUACUGGUUCUCGCACUGGUGACACCACUAUGGUUCCCACGCCAACGACGCCGUCGUCCUCCCCUGCCAAGCCGGAUUUUCAUCCGGCCCUUACUGUCACAAAUAUCAAAAACAACAUUCCUUUCAAACUCGAGAUUGACAAGGAUCAUUAUGCUCUAUGGGCUGAAUUGUUUGAAACUCAUGCUCACGCCACUCAGGUGCUCCACCACAUCAUUCCUCAAGCUGACAUGGAGCCUCCUACGCGCACCGAUGCUUCCUAUGCCCGGUGGGCUACUCUUGACUCUACCGUCAAACAGUGGAUUUAUUCCACCAUCUCCUUUGACCUUCUCGCCACUGUCAUGGAGAAACGUUCUACUGCUAUGGCUACUUGGAAUCGUAUAGCUUCCAUGUUUGAGGACAAUCAGAACUCCCAUGCUGUCGCUCUCGACCAGGAUUUCAUCACCACUCGCAUGGAGGAUUUUCCUAAUGUUUCGGCCUACUGCCAGCGUCUGAAACAUAUCUCUGAUCAGUUGAGGAAUGUUGGUGCCCCAGUUAGAGACCAUCGUCUUGUCCUCCAGUUGGUCUCUGUUCUCACUAAGCCUUUCCGUGGUGUUGCCACCCUGAUCCGUCAGAGCAAGCCUUUGCCUCCUUUCCUCAAGGUCCGCUCCAUGCUGAUUCUAGAGGAAUCCGGUCUCGCCAAGAUGUCAGGCCCUGCUUCUCAGACUGCUUUGCACACCUCUGCUUCCCAUCCACGGGACUUUGAGGACUCUUCUCAGCAGCGCACCACCCACCGCAACAAUCAGGGACACUCCAACCACCGUUCUGGGUUAGGGCAAAAUCGUAACUAUUAG